CGUUGAUUUUAAACAGUGGAAGCUUUAGCCAGCCACUGUGGGACUUCUGAUUUAUUCCCUGGAUACCUCGUCAGGCACUUAACAUCAAAUGCAUACGGUUCCUCCUGUCGUGUAGAAGAAAAACCGCUACACAUUUAUUUGAAAAUGGUUUCCAAAUGGUGUGCGUUUCUUUUUAAUUUUGUGUUCGUUUCGAAAGGAGUUUCGUCAUAUUUUUUCAUGAACAACAAUUGUGGAGUGGAUCAGUUUGAAAAGUCACUAUCGCUGGACGGAUUCAUCUAUGACGUCUAUACUUUAGGAAGUCAUAAAGCGAUAAAUUACUUGGCAUGCGCUGUGGAUUGCUUCUACAAUGUAAAUUGUCUGUCGGUAGUGUUUGAUGAACAAACGUCUUCGUGUUCUAAAUACUUCACUCACAUGAAGGACUCCUACACCAGAAGACCCAGCAGCACAGCAUCGUACCUGCAACUGAAGGAUCCAGACAACUGUGCAGACAUUGUCGUUCCAUGCGGUACCAAUGCUGUUUGUCUGAACAAACGUCAAAAUGACACGUGCGUAUGCAACCCUGGAUUAACAGGUGAUGGCCAAACCUGCUCGGAGGAGAACGAGUGUCUAACGGGAUCCAACAACUGUGACGUAAAUGCAGACUGCACCGACGUUGUCGGCUCCUACACUUGUGCGUGUAAACCAGGCUUUAACGGUGACGGAUGGACAUGUGCAGACAACAAUGAAUGUAGUACUCCCAACGUCUGUCACGAGAACGCCAACUGCACGAACACUUUGGGGUCCUACACGUGCCACUGUAACCACAUGUAUGAAGGGGACGGUGUGAACUGCAACCUUGAGAAAAUCAAAGGACAAACAUGUACACAGGCUUCAGGCUGCAUCCGAAGUAACUUCACCUGCUCCUCUGGUCUCUGCGACUGUGACGUUGGCUACAGCUACAACGGCACCUCCAACACCUGCGUCAUCAGGUGCGACAACUACGGCAGCGAGUUCAGCCAUCAAUCAACCACCUACUGCGUCACCGGCUACAAUAACGCAAUUUACGACGUCAACACCUACACCGAAUGCAGACAGCACUGCUUGACCACCUCCUCCUUCACCUGCAGGACCUUCGAACUCUGGAACGGCGCGUGUUACCUCUCAUCAGCUGUUAAAACCGAAGUUCCGGACGCGAAAUGGGCCCCGUGGACCGGGUGCAAAUAUUACCAGCGUCAUUGUGCUUAGUGUGCCCGUGUCUCACACGUACCUUAUUCUGUUUGUUUCAUACUUUGUAAAUUCAGAUUGGAUGCAGAGUUGUUCACGGGACAUUGGAGACAAGUCUUCGGAUAGCGUCCCCUUAACUGCCAGGAUCCGAUGGUCGCGUCAUAUGUGAACCCCCUUGAGCUUUCCUGCCACCUUAAUUAUUUGUGGGCCUGUCAUACAACUGGAGUACUGUUCACAACUGCAGUCUUACGUAGUUCUGAUCCCAUACUUUACCUUAUUCUUUGAAUAUUAUAUUAUGGUUAUGAUUUUGAUUAUUAAAGUUUGCUACCUCCACAGCAUCUACAUCUGGCGCAUGAUAAUUUAACCACGCAUGUGUCACGAUGUUUCUCUAUUAACAUGUGCCCGGGCGGUCGGUAAUAGUCAUUGAAUUUGUGCCUCAACUACGAUGACUAAUUUAGAAAUCCAAAUCAUCCGCAUCCACGUACCGUAUAGUUCAGUUGUUUAAUAUUGAAGACGAACCGACCACUCAGAUUGGUCAAUCAUAGGUUUCAAGUGAAAAUGAUUUUAACUCUUAUUUAAAGGGGGCACGGGUGGCCCAGUCGUCUAAGGCGACGCAAUUCGCUUUGCAGAGUUGCGUCCCUUGUGCACGCAAGAUACCUAUGAUUGUGGGUUCGAAUUUCGA